AUGUCUGCCACUGAUAAGAACUCCUUGCCGUUCACUGAGCAACACUAUUUCUCCUCGUAUGAUCAUUUUGGCAUCCACGAGGAGAUGCUCAAAGACACCUCCAGAACCUUGUCCUACAGAUCUGCCAUGUAUAAAAACAAGCACUUGUUCAAGGACAAGGUUGUGUUGGACGUGGGAUGUGGAACUGGUAUAUUGUCCAUGUUUGCUGCCAAGGCAGGUGCUAAACAUGUUUACUCUGUGGACAUGUCUAACAUCAUCGAGAAGGCUAAGGAAAUUGUCUCGUUGAACGGUUUUGAAGACAAGAUCACCUUGCUUCAGGGUAAGUUGGAGGACAUUGACUUGCCGGUGGACUCUGUUGAUAUCAUUGUGUCUGAGUGGAUGGGGUACUUUUUGUUGUACGAGUCUAUGUUGGAUACCGUUUUGUACGCCAGAGACAAGUAUUUAGUAGAAGGCGGUUUGAUCUUGCCUGACAAGUGCUCAAUGUACAUUGCUGGUAUUGAAGAUGGUCAGUACAAAGACGAGAAGAUCCACUACUGGGAGGAUGUUUACGGUUUCGACUACUCUCCAUUCAUCAAGGUGGCCAUGGCUGAACCCUUAGUUGAUACCGUUGACAAUAACUCUUUGAUUACCACCCCACAUAAGUUCUUUGAGUUCGAUAUUAAUACUGUCUCCAAGGAGCAGUUAUCGUUUCACAGAGACUUCACUGUCGAGGCUAUUGACAGCGACUUGUGCCACGCGUACAUUGUCUGGUUUGACUGCGAUUUCCCCGGUGACGAAAAAGUCACCUUAUACACUGGUCCAAUGAAGGCCUACACGCACUGGAAACAGACCGUGUUUUACAUGGACCAAGUUCUCGAUUUGCGUAAGGGUGACCAGAUCAAGGGUCUGAUCGCUUCAAGGCCAAAUGCCCACAAUCCUCGUGAAGUUGAUAUUGAGAUCAAAUGGAACGUCAAAACAGUGUCAGGCGAUAAGUCUCGCGAGCAGCAGGGCAAAUACAACUACUUCAUGCGUUAG